AUGAGUGACACCGUCACCCGGUUGUGCAACCAAGCCUCGCGGACCGCAAUCAUGCGCUCCACCAUCAUGAUUCCCUCUUCCAGAGACCGGGCAACUCGUCGAGCUACCUGGCGAGUCGCUCCUCCUGCCCCUGCAGCACCUUGUGCGGCCAAGUGCCACCUCCUCGACGCCAUCUCUGCCGAAAUCCGCGUGGAAAUCUACCAAUACGCCCUGAUCUACGAAGAUCCUGUCUUUCAAGACCAACGACCAAUCCGGCUGCUUUCCAGAUUCGGCCGACUGAGACCAGUAACAAGCAACACGUUCGCUGCUCUGCUCUGCGUCUGCAAGCAAAUCAAUGCAGAAGCCGCCGAUAUCAUAUACCGCUUCAACGACUUCGUUGUUGACUGGAACACUCUGUCCUUGGAUGAGCCCCUCCGAUACCACAUCACCGAACAACUCAAAGAAGUGUCCCUCGACUGCCGAACGGGCAUGGUCUUCGGCUACACCGAGAAACUCAGGAUGCUCGCCAUCCACGCUUCCGGAAUCGAGACCAUGACUCUUAGAUUCGAACUCUCCGCCCGUCUCAUGGCUGCCGUGGUGGAGCUGUCCAACGCCUUUGUUCAAUGCUCAAGCGCCUUUGAUUAUCCCGCCUUGAGACUAUUCGUCGACAUUCUCACCCGUCCGGAGGUGCCCCGGUUCGGAAGUCUAGAGGGCACAGUGGCACUGGAGCUCUUCGAGCGCACGCUCGCCGACAUCCUUCCGCACGCCGCGCGUUUCGCAAAGACGUCGCUCACACAAUAUCACGCUCCGAACUUUCGCGAAAUCAACCUGCUCGGCCGGAUUGAAGGAUACGUCGUAGCCAAGAUCGACGACCACCGCUGCUCGACAGAUCUCUGUGGCUGGCGCAAGGUAUCCGACACGACUCGCCUCGCCUUCGCAACUCCGACAACCACAGGAAGACGUCUGGAAUAUCUUUGGACUCGCCUGGGCAGCUGUUACACCGAGCCCGACAGAGACAGAGCAUGA